GUUGAGCUGGACCAUUGAGAAGCCUCGGCUUUCUUCGUUCAGCGGCGAUGGCUUCCAGGACUAUGUCUUCUUCAGCUGCAAAAGGUAAACUUUCCUCUCUCUUCGCACACCCACUUAGAAAUUCUCCCCAAAGUUUCAAGCUUUCCCAAGAACUCGCCGGUAGAGACUCGCCUCCGCCCCCAAAAUCCACACUUUCCGCCGACGCAGAGGACCGAGCUCGGUCCACUCUUUUCCUCGAGAAGAAGUGGAAAACGGGGGAUUUCACCGUGGACGAAGCGCUCCGCCAUUUCGAUCGCAUGAUAUCCAUCCGACCCGUUCCUCCCGCUUCGUCGUUCCGCGUGUUAUUGGGUGCCCUGUCUAAGAAGAAGCAUUACUCUGCGGUGAUUUCUCUCCGCAGAAAGCUGGAAGUUACUGGGCUCCUGUCUGAUUAUUUUUUGCUGAAAAUUCUAUUGAACUGCUUCUGCAAUGAGAAGCGGUUAAAGGAUGCUUUUGCGGUUUUGGGGGCGAUUUUUCGCCGAGGGUAUUUCCCUGAUAUAGUCACCUAUAAUCAAUUGGUGAAGGGAUUGUGCUUAAAUCAUAAAAUUGGUGAAGGGGUCGCCUUGUUUAAGAAAAUGGUGCGUUCGGGUUGCAGGCCGACUGUUGUUACUUAUGGCACUUUGAUUAGUGGGUUAUGUCAGACCGGUAAUACGAGCACGGCGCUCAAGUUACAUGAAGAAAUGCUGAGUAGCAAUGGUGAACAUAGCGUUGUAUGCAAGCCAAAUAUAGUUUGUUACGGUGCUAUUAUUGAUGGACUUUGCAAAGAUGGGUUACUAGAAGAGGCCAGCAAACUUUUCAAGGAGAUGAAAGAUAAUGGUAUUUCACCAAAUUUGGUUGUUUACAACUCGCUGAUACAUGGCUUGUGUUGCAUGGGACAGUACAAGGAAGCAACUGAUUUGCUUAAUGAGAUGGUGGAUAAAAGAAUCGAACCUGAUGUAGUUAUAUUUAAUUCUCUUUUGAAUUUUCUUUGCAAAGAGGGGAAGUUCAAUGAAGCCGAAGACAUGCUUAAAUUGAUGAUUGAGAGGGGUGUAGAUCCUAGUACUGUUACCUAUAACACAAUAAUGGAUGGCUUGUGUUUAGCGGGUAAGAUUGAUGAGGCAAGGGAACUGCUUGCUCAUUUGAUGAGUAAGGGUUGUCUAGUUAGCGAAGUCAGCUACAAUGUGCUGAUCAACGGUUAUUGCAAUCAGGGAAGUAUGGAAGAAGCCAUGAAUAUGUAUAAGGAGAUGAUUAACAAUGGUGUUAAGCCAACAAUUGUCACCUUCAAUUGCCUAAUUGAUGGGUUGUGCAAAGCACGGAAUCUGCAAGCUGCAUGGGACUUAUUCCACAUGUUGCAGCAGGAUGGGUUAGCACCAAAUGUUGUAACAUACUCUAUCAUGAUAAAUGGGCUCUGCCGACAAUGUCAACUUGAAGAGGCAAAUCUGCUACUUGCGAAAAUGGAAGACAAUGGCUGUGUGCCAAAUGUAGUCACAUUCAACACAUUGAUGCAUGCUUUUUGUCAAAAUAAUGAGGCGUUGAAAGUGAUUGAUCUGCUUAAGAGAAUGGCGGGAAAAAAUAUGGUACCAGAUUCAACCACGGCAUCUAUAGUAUUUGACUUGCUUUCAAAGGAUAAAAAUUAUCACAAGUAUCUGACUUUACUUCCAGCAUUUCCUUCAUGAAAAUCUGUGGUGAAGACACAGUGUGGUCAUGGGCAUGCUUUUUGCAUAAGGACUGCAGCAGACAAGACCAGCAUCAUAUUGCCAUUGCGAUUUUUGGUGGAUGGUAAGUCGAAUUUUCAACUGUACUCAGCUAGCUUUGGCAGUGCGGUUUUCAUAGGUCAUUUAGAUAUUAUAAUUGAUGCAGGUUUUUGAUACUAUUGAAUGCAUGUAAAGAAGCAUGUGGCGCAUUCCUUGGUAUGCGCAUCCAUAUAUAAUUGCUUUAUGUUUUGGCCAAUCAUUAAAUCUUAUGCUCUUUACCUGCAUAGAGCAGAUAGGGUGGAUUGUACCAUCCAGUCACAUAGCUGUUGGAAUGCCUGUGUAGGAGACUCGAUCUCUAAGAUGUCUUGCAGCUCUGCACCACUGGGUCGCAUGCGGUGCAUUUGGAAAUGGAAAGGACGUACCAAAAGAGUUUUAGAGUUCCUUGUCAGAAGCUGUUGCUUCCAGAAGGUAAGAGAACGGUUGCAAGGUUCUGCGGUGGUGAGCUAGAUUGGAGUUGGAGAAAGCACUUUCACUGAAGCAGCAAAAGGAGUGAUGCACUGAGGGAUCAAAAGAUGACUUUAAAACUCUUCUCACUCGAUACAGAGACUAACAAAGAGUGUUAUUACGAGAAACAAACUCAAACCAUCAGUAGAAUAAGGUAACUUUAGUCAAGAACAAUUGCCUUUUUCUUUGACAUAACAUUGAUCUGAGCUGGAGUGCUAAACCGGUUCUACCCACGAAGUGGCUUGGCUGGAGUUCUUAGUGUUGAAAUGCUGGGCUUGAUAUAUAGAAGCGGAGAAGAGACGCAUUUAAUUGUCUGUCUAUACUUUUUAUUGUAACUUCCCAUUGAUAAGAAUGUAUGUAUCAAGAACAAUUUGUUUGCUUGAUCAAAUAAGCAAUAAGAGUCAAUUAUUAGAGCUGUAAAUAU